GUCAAUAUUCGACUUCACUUUUAAAUGGAUGUUUGGUUUAUAUGUUCAUACCAAUGGUCCGUGCUGUAGGAAGAAAUGGCGGAUUACAACGAAAAGUGUGAGGAUUAUUCGUUUGAUUAUGGCGAGGAUAAACAAAAAGGUGUUUGCAUGAUAAAAAAUGAAUUUAUUAUUGGAUAUAAUGUGAGACACUCGAGUGAACAGUGCUUACUAGAGACAGAUAAGAAGAUAUCUGUGGAUGCAAAAACUCAAGAUGCAGAUGUGGAAUUAUUAGAUGAACAACCUGCUAAGAAACUUAAAUUGGAUGAGAAGAAGGAGAAGCUGAGAGGUCAAAAUAAGGCAAGACCACCUCCGUUCAAGGCUUCCAGGGAGUUGAGUUUAUGUCCUUGGAUCGCAGAUCAAACAGUGGAUCAGUCUGAAAGAAGAUGUCUAAAUCAGCGCUGCAGUUUUCUGCAUGAUCGAAAAGAGUAUCUAAAGAUCAAACCACAAGAUAUUGGUACAGAAUGUCAUGUGUUCAAUUUAACUGGCAAAUGCCCAAGAGGAUUUACUUGCAGAAUGGGAUCCCAGCAUUUAACUGAGGAUGGCUUCAAUGUUAUUGAUAAAAAAAAAUUUGAAGAAUACAGCAAACGCCCACCAGCCAGCAAAAAUCAUUUAUUUAAGGAUUUACAAAACAAACUACGCAAACGUAAAUACAAUUUCUUCAAGGCGGAGUUGAUUGUUAAAGCUAAUGAUCCAUCUAAAAAAAAGAUGCAGAGUUCAAUAAAUGAACCAAAAAUAAAAAAUAGCCCGCAAUUAAAUAUUACAACUACAGAAUUUACUAAUAUUCCUAAUAACAGCAAUGGCGAAAAAGUGGAAAAAGAUACCUCAAACAUCAGCAAUGGUGAGAAAAUUAAAACUGACACUUCUGAUUGUGACAUCUCGCAUGAAUCGAAGGAGUCAAAAAUUGGACCCGUGGAUGAUAGCGAUUUGAUCAAAUUACGGCAAUUGGAGAAGAAAAAGAUUGAUUGGAGAGACAAGAUACUGCUGAGUCCAUUGACGACGGUAGGUAAUCUACCGUUUCGAAGGAUUUGUAAAGAGUACGGCGCCGACAUCACCUGUGGCGAAAUGGCAUUGGCGCCAAAGAUACUGAAAGGUGCGCAAGAAGAAUGGGCGUUGGUGAAGAGGCAUGAGGUUGAAGACAUCUUCGGCGUGCAGCUCUGCGGCAAUAAUCCAGGAGUGCUGACACGAUGCGCCCAACUGCUGAAUCGCGAGAUCGAUGUUGAUUACAUCGAUCUGAACCUUGGGUGUCCGAUCGACCUGAUUUAUAGGCAAGGCGGUGGCAGCGGUAUGCUCAAUCGAUUGAAUGUACUUGAGACUGUGGUAAAAUCCGUUAGUCAAGUAUUGGACAUACCAUUAUCGGUUAAAACCAGAACGGGAGUUUACAUAGACAAACCGAUCGCGCAUAAUUUAAUGCCGAAGUUUCGCGACUGGGGUGUGUCCAUGAUUACUGUUCACGGCAGGUCUCGUGAACAAAGAUAUACGAAACUAGCCGACUGGUCGUACAUAGAAAGGUGCGCAGUGGCAGCGCAGCCGGUACCCGUAUUCGGAAACGGCGAUAUCCUCUCUUUCGACGAUUAUCAGCGAGUGAAGGAGAUUUAUAAUACGGUGCAGGGCAUCACUAUUGGGCGCGGAGCGCUGAUUAAGCCAUGGAUCUUCACCGAGAUCAAAGAAAGAAAGUUGAUCGAUAUAUCAAGCUCGGAAAGAUUCGAUAUUCUCAGGAAAUACACAAAUUACGGGCUCGAGCAUUGGGGAUCCGAUACCCGCGGCGUCGAGGCUACCAGAAGGUUUAUGCUGGAAUGGAUCUCUUUCCUUCAUAGAUAUGUCCCUGUUGGAAUUUUGGAGAGGCCACCGCAGAGAAUCAAUGAAAGGCCACCGUACUAUCAAGGUCGUAAUGAUCUAGAGACAUUGAUGGCCAGUUCCAAUUGUGCCGAUUGGGUGAAAUUAACCGAGAUGUUACUCGGAAAAGUGCCUGACGGAUUCUAUUUUCUACCAAAGCACAAGGCAAAUUCGUGGAAGUAAUUUAUUAUAAAAAAAAGAGAGGUUUUAUAGGAGCGUUCUAAAUUCUCGAAUAACUUAAUAUUCUUGUUAGAUUUUUCGUAACAAAUAAUUCAUAAGAGAAAAGGAUCAAUCAUCAGGUAGGAUGAUGUUGGAUACUUGUUAUAUUUCAUUUUAUCUGCUUUUAUAAUGCAGUGAAUAAAUAUUUUUAAGAAA